AUGGAAUCGGUGGUGAAGUCUGCUUUCAGGGCCCCAGUGAAACAGCUGCAGUGCUGCAUCUCUGCUGUCUUUCCCGAGGACAAGGACUGCCAAGCAUUAGGAGGCUGCAUAAAGGGUCCAGCAGAACAGAACCAGAGGACCCAGGGCAAGAAGAGCAAACGGGACGUGGUCUAUGCUCAGAGAAAGGCUGAGCGUGCAGCCAUCAGAACCCACAUCAGAGAGAAGUACCAGCUUCCCAAGAACAAGGUGGAUAAGAAGCAGCUGGAGAUCAUUGGGGGGAAGGUGAAAAUGCUGCAGGACCACGUGGCUGUGGUGAGGCCUCAGGGCACCCCUGAAUCUGAGUCCUGCAUCUCUGGCCUCAGUGCUAUGGAUCUCAGCUCCCUGAAAAAAACAACAGAGAGCACAAUGCAGUCCCUGCGGCUGGGGCUGCGCUGUCUUAUCAUGUGA